AUGCUAAAAAUCAUUCUACCAACACUUAUAAUAAUUCCAUUAACAUGAUAUUCUAAAAAACAUACUAUUUGAAUUAAUACUACAGUCCAUAGCCUAGUAAUCAGCCUCACCACACUCUCCCUAUUAAACUACUUUCUCGACAUUAGUACAAACUUCUCAGCCACCUUCUCUACUGACUCUUUAUCAACACCACUACUAAUCUUGACCACCUGGUUACUUCCUUUGAUAAUUAUAGCCAGCCAAAACCAUUUAUCAAAAGAGCCACUCACACGAAAAAAACUAUAUAUCUCCAUACUAAUCACACUCCAAGCUUUUCUAAUCAUGACUUUUACAGCCACAGAACUAAUUUUCUUCUACAUCUUAUUUGAAGCGACUCUAAUUCCCACACUAAUCAUUAUUACACGAUGAGGUAAUCAAACAGAACGACUAAACGCCGGCCUUUAUUUUUUAUUUUACACACUAAUUGGAUCACUCCCCUUACUCAUCGCUCUUGUUUAUACCCAAAAUCUCCUAGGAUCACUAAAUAUAAUAAUUAACACUCUCAUUAUACCGAGCCUUUCCAACUCUUGGUCAAAUAGCAUCCUCUGGUUGGCCUGCAUAAUAGCCUUUAUAGUAAAAAUACCCCUAUAUGGACUUCACCUAUGACUACCUAAAGCCCAUGUCGAAGCCCCAAUUGCAGGAUCCAUAGUCCUUGCAGCUAUCCUACUUAAACUUGGAGGAUACGGAAUAAUACGAAUUACAAUUAUUCUAAAUCCCCCAAUAGAAUACAUGGCCUAUCCCUUCCUAAUACUCUCCCUAUGAGGCAUAAUUAUAACUAGCUCCAUCUGCCUACGUCAAACAGACUUAAAAUCACUCAUUGCCUACUCCUCGGUUAGCCACAUAGCUCUUGUUAUUGUGGCAAUCCUUAUCCAAACCCCAUGAAGUUUCAUUGGAGCCACCACUCUUAUAAUUGCCCAUGGCCUCACCUCCUCCCUAUUAUUUUGCCUAGCAAAUACAAACUACGAACGAGUCCACAGUCGAACAAUAGCACUAGCCCGUGGCCUUCAAACCCUAUUACCUCUUGCAGCAACAUGAUGACUCCUCGCCAGCUUAACCAACCUGGCCCUUCCCCCAACAAUUAAUUUAAUCGGUGAACUGUCCGUAAUAAUAGCAGCAUUUUCAUGGUCACACCUAACUAUUAUCUUAGUAGGCCUUAACACCCUUAUCACCGCCCUAUAUUCCCUAUAUAUACUAAUCAUAACUCAACGAGGAAAAUACACAUAUCAUAUCAACAAUAUCAUGCCCCCUUUCACCCGAGAAAAUACAUUAAUAAUCAUACACCUAUUUCCCUUAAUCCUACUAUCUACCAACCCCAAACUAAUUAUAGGAACCAUGUACU